AUGCCCUCGGAUCCACCCCGGCUCUCGCAGCCAGGCUUGCCUCUGAAGUUGGGUCAUGCCGCUGGUCUGAAGCCUGCACCGCCGUCAGGCAACAAGAGACGUGUGGACAACUCGCGAGAUGCAGAACAAGAGCUCCCAAGAAGUCCAGUUGAGGAGUUAAACCGCCAGAAGAUGCUAGCUGCGUUGGAGGAGGCAAGACGACAGGAAUUUGCCCUGCAGGAGAUUGCCAGGCAGGAAGAAUACGCACGACAGGAACUCUCAAGGCAACAAGAAAUAGUACGCAGAGAGGAGGCAAGAAAAGCGGCGCGUGUGAAGAAGUUUCAACACGCAUGGCAUAUACUCAACAAUCUUGAGCGUCAUGACAAGCAGACAGUGGCAUUGGAGUUGUCGCGAGCCCGGAUGGCGGCACGGCAAGAGUACCUGGAACAGUGGACCAAGGAUCAUUUGCGGGAGCUUGUCGCUCCCAUCAUGCGAAGAUUGAAUCAGGUGGCCACCAGGCUGUCUGCUGUGGACAACGGCCUGACGCAGCUUCUUGGUGGAAUGCAAGAAUUCCGACACAACUUGUUGCAACGAGCCCAGUCGACGGCGCGACAGUUCGAGUUUAUCAAGAACGCUGGCAGUGUGGAUCCCAUUCUGAGAGAAACCGGCUACAAGAUGAAUGAUGUCGCCACUAUAGUGCUUCCCAUGUCAACUCUACGAUCUAUCGCGCUGGACCUGAAGCAGCGAGGACUAUGGAAUACCGACGCUGCUAUACCUACAGAUACUACUAUACCAGACUUCUUCAGGGGAUCGAAGACUCCCCGUGUCCGACGUGCGAUGAUCGGGAUCCUGUGGGUGCGUCACGAACUUAUUCAGAAUGCAGCAGUCAUAGCACAGGAACUACAUCUGCUUCGCAAAGUCAGAACAACCUACCUUCUGAACUCCGGUGUCCCCGAGGUGUUCGACUUUAACGCUCGCCACACCAGGUUAUACAUGCUUUCGGUCGAGAUAGUUAACAACUCGACCCGGAUCAACACCCACUAUCACCAUUUGCGAUUGAUGAUUUCUCAGGCGUCUCCCUUCUCAAGACGGACUAACUUGGUACACCACCCGAGACAUCAGUUCCUCCCGCUCAAAGCGCAAGUGGUCUCUCAAGAUGCUCACCAACUCUUCAAAGACACGUUUUCUGCUCCGAUGGCGACCGGAAUGAGAACGAACCUUGCCUUACAAGAGGCUCAGCUGUCGAAUUUCAGACCUGUCACCAUCUUCAUCAGCAGGAUGUCGACAAUCGCCGAAUUGGCGCAUGAGCUCAGCUCUUCCGGCCUUCUGGACCAGUCAUCACCUGCUUCUCAAGCUCUCGCGACAUUGGCCAACGAGCUGUUUGCUGCCCGACGCGAGCUCUACAAUCUACUUGACCUCGCGAUGUUGUGGCGCGGGACUGCCGACAUGUAUCUGGGGAUCCUUCACCGUCCACGAGAGAAGAGCCAUCUGAUGCUGUUUGCUGACCCUCCUCCAGACGCUUCGGCUUUGCCUCGACCCAGCGGUAAAUGUCCGCCGGCGGCUCUCGGCUAUAGCCCGCCAUGGCAGAGGAACGCUCAGCUCUAUUCUAAGCCGGAGUCAUCGAUACCCGUCCACUUUGUGACCGCUCCGGAGGCAGCAUAUUUAGUCCUGCAACGCUUUGCCCGGUGCAAAGUCCUUGGCGUUGAUACCAUCACCAUGGCAGGGGCGAAGGGUAUUCCCACUGGGUCAUCGCCAGUCGAGUAUCUGAUAGUGUCAAGUGAUCGCGAAGUGGCUAUAUUUGCGUUAGGUCUGAUGAACCCAGCCGUUGUUCUGCAUUCUCGGUGUUUCAGACAGACACUUGGUAACCCUGCUAUAUUGAAGGUUGGAGUCAACAUCGGCUUCCAGAAAAAUAUCCUGGCGGAACACUUCGGCAUUGAGUUAAUCGAGACUCACGGCAUCAAUAAAAGCUACGACCGAAUGCAUCGCCGUGGCGAUCUGAAUGAUCCCAGCUUCGCUAUCCUCUCGUUCAUGGCGGCCCAGAGCUUUGGCAGUGCUCUCCCACAUCUCGACGUGGCCCGUGCCAUCCGCGAACUGGGUACCAAGGAUCCCUGUAUUUUCUUCACCCAUCUUGCUUCGCGUGCCUAUGCAGCAUUGCAAAUGUAUCAUCUUUCCUGCGCCGAGAUGCUAUCGAGCGAUCCUUCGGCGGUAACCCAGACGUCGCCUCCCUCCGCCGAAUUUGGCCCGGUUGACUUUCACAUGCUAGGACAAGAGAAGAGCUCUAGAGACAGGGUCCUUUUGGCGCGAUCCCCGCCUCUGAGACAUUCAGGUGCCGCCUAUGUGGCACAGCUUGCUCACGCCAUGGCUCGGAAGGCCUUUGAGACCAAUCCAAACUUCCACGAGCUGAAGCGCAUGCCGAGACGGAAGAGACCAGCGCUUGUUGAAGAUGUGAUAUCAAGCCUCCAGGCUUACUUCCUCUUCACAUCCUUCCGCCAGGAUCUCCGGACCCUCAACAGCUUCGGCAUCCGCCACCCGGCCUCAACCAUACUCCGGAUCGCCGAGAAAGCCGAACUGCCGCUCCAUCGGGAAGAUCGCAUCACUCUGGACAUGCUCAGGCGUCGGGAGCCGGUAGGCCCACUCCCUACUGAGUCGGCCUUGCAGUCUGAAUCUGAGCCGCAGCCUGAGGAUCAGGCUGUGGUGCUCACCGACGGAAAGCUUGUGACGGCCACGUACCCUGCCCCCAGGAGCUCUACGAGUCGUCUUCGGAUCCGAGCUACAGAGAUCGGCAAAGUGGGAAGCAGAGCGGCUAGGAAGACUCCUCAGGCCACUCCUCGAAAAUCCAAAGAGCUCCUUUCUCCUGCAGAUCAACCCUCUGUCUCACCCGGUGCUACCACCAGCACGCCCGUGUCCAAGGAACCUGCCACAGCGGCCGAGCAUGAGCAUGAGCAUAACCCCAGAUUUGACAAGGUGGAGACCUUCUACCGUAGCCUCAACUCGACCACACCGGCCCCGUCCGAUCAGGGCACCUUGGUGAUCGACGGAGCCUCUAGUGGUAUCGGGGAUGUCGUUACCCAGCGAGAGAGUCGCGAUGCCGAUAUAGACGUGCCGAAGGAUCCGAAACAGAGAUCGGAGACACUCACUGGAUCCGGCGGAUCGAACACUCCGACCUUGAACGAAUCCCGGUCUGCUCGGCCUGCCCGGCGCAGCAGAGGUUGGUGGGCGGGUUGA